CGACGCCCCUGGACUUGCCUCGUCAUCGUUGGGAGCCGUGCAGCGCUGGUUGUCGGGUAGCGGACCAGUCACCAGCCUGGACACCCACAUCGGACGAAUAUGGCCAACAAGGCCAGGAAAGAGUGCGCGAGGAGUAAUCUCUGGCGUGGCAGCGCGAAGAGGCCGGAAAGCGACUUUCGACAGUGGCACGUCACCGCCAGCAAGGGCAACAGCGAAGCAUCAAGGGGCCACGAAGGCCGCCAGUUCCACCAUCCGUCGCCUGGGAGUAGGCACAGUUGGCGCCUCGUCACAAGCAUGCGGGACGGAGAGAGCGAGAAGAAGAGAAGAGCGGCGCACACGUGGGUAACUGAAAGGACCUGGAUACCCGUGCGCGCGAUUCGUCCCUUCAUGUCAGCUCGCCGCUCACGAGCUCUAGCUAUGGCGUGCGAUCCACCCGAACGUUGACAGCGCGGGCAUGGAAUGUCCCUUUUGCUCUUGUCAUCCGAAGAUUGCGUCUGUUUAAGUGGAAUUGAGGAAUAGCGCGAUUUUGAACACUCACUCACACACACACACACACGCAGCGAGCGAGCGAGCGAGCGAGCGAGAGAGAGAGAGAGAGAGAGAGAGAGAGAGAGAGAGAGAGAGAGAGAGAGAGAGAGAGAGAGAGAGAGAGNGAGAGAGAGAGAGAGAGAGAGAGAGAGAGAGAGAGAGAGAGAGAGAGAGAGAGAGAGAGAGAGAGAGAGAGAGAGAGAGAGAGUCCCAUCCCGAUUGGAAUUGGGCUAGUGAACGCGGCGUGUUCUGCAGGAACGAUCCUCGAGACGUCAACCUGAAGGGCACCCUCAAUGGGGGAAAGCGGUCGCGAAGAUCCUACGACCGGGUUGGAGGCUAGACGAGAUGCGCUUGGAGGAUUCAGCGACUGGGCGGCAGCCAUGCAGGUUUACUACAAGACGGGACCUCAUCCGCCUCUCCAUGGGUACUAUCCGGGACACGUGGCACCGCCUCCAUAUGUUUGGGGUCCGCAGCCUGUGAUGCCCCCGUAUGGAGCGCCUCCGCAUCCUUACUUCCACGGAGGGGUAUAUCAUCACCCUGCAAUGCCAGGACAUGCGCCCCCUCCCCCCCCUCCUCCACCUCCAGCUUACGGAUACGGCGUUCCCGCUGCCAUGGUGGACUUGGCUGUUGUACGUCCAAAGUCUGCAGAGAGUGGCGAAGGAGGGGCGACAACAGCGGUUCUCAUGCAUCCUGUAGGCGUUGCAGUUGCACCCGCAAACACAGUGACCCGUCCAGCAAUCGGGCUGGAAAAUGGGAGUGAUGGAUCCAGUGGGAGCGAUGCGGUUGAUGUAAUGGAAAGAAAAAGGAAGUUUGAAGUCAUGAUGCCUGAUCCAAUGAUUAGUAGAAUGGACCAUGUUGCGAUCGCACCUGCCAAGGAUGGCCUUCCUUGUUCAGCAGUGACAACGACAUCCUCUGAGUCUACUCGAUUGGCAGCAGGGCUAGCAUCUUCUACCUUGGACGAACGGGAAGCUAAACGUCAGCGGCGGAAACAAAGCAACCGAGAAUCUGCACGGAGAUCGAGGCUUCGAAAGCAGGCAGAAUGUGAGGACCUUGGCACUAGAGUGAGCACUCUUACAAUGGAGAACAUGCGGUUGCGAUCGGAGAUAUCGAAAGCUCGGGAAAAUUACAACCAGUUGGCAGAGGAACAAGCUUUGUUGCAACAGCAGAUUCAUGCUGCAACGAACAGUGCGGCAGACGUUUCAUUUGGAGUGAGCACGAGUUCCCGUGGGAAACCAUCCCCUUGCAGAGAAGUCGAUGGAAAGAGUAGAAGAGGAAUGCAGUUAGUGCAUAUCAAAGACAAUGCUGCGGAUAAUUCAGCACCUGUAACCCUAGUACUGGAUGAUGAUGCAACAGAGGGAGGGGCACUCGUGAGGAGGGACAGGGAGGGUCUUGUAACCAGAACGCUGUGGGGGAAAAGUGACGUGGUGAAGAAGACACUGAGUCUUGUGGCAGGGAUGGAGCGGGAUUCCGGUGCCAAGUCUGUGAAGAUAGAGCCUGCGACGAAUGUGCUUGGAUCAUCCUCAUCCCCAUGGAAUAGACAGCAGCGCUCGAAGCUGGAAGAAAGUGUCGUGGCCACGGUAGCAUAAAUGCUGGGAUACUUAUCAGAGAGUUACUGAUCUUCCUUGGUAGGUAUUUUUCCCCUUUUUGUUAAUUGUUGUACACAAACAGUGUCAAGUAGCUCCCGACAGGCUUCCUUUUGCACUUGACCAUUAUUGCAGCUCCUCGUUUGCAUAUGUAUGGAGCUCUGUAUGGCGAGCUGCCGUGCAGCAAUCCUUAUACCAGAUUUCCACUUCAACUGUCAAAACAUCAGUUGAACCGCGCCUGACCCUUGCCUCGGCAGUGUCCUCCAUUAGCAGGAAGUGUUCAAGUGUCUUGGUUAUGUGGGCAUUUCUUGUGGAGAUUUGGUCUUCUUUCUUGAUCCUGCUCGAGUCUUGUUAGCCCGUUUUUGAAACCACGUCUUCGACUCCAGGCAUCACUUCGAUAGGACGCCGGUGUGAGUAUAUAGUGUACUUUCCUGGCUGCAUGCAUGCAUCUGGAUACUUGGUAGGAAUUGAUGCGCCUCCUGUUUGUGUCUGCAAGGGAGGUUGACCCUUGGAAAGAAUAUCACUGUAUUGGGGCAGCUCUUUGCUCCUCUACUUGGUGGUGAUGAUUCUGGCAUGGCAUGGUUGCAGAUGAAGCCAUUCGAAGUUCUCAUAAUAAGUUACUGUUGCACACUCCAAUGUAGUAUUUUUUGAUGCGCUCUCUGAUGGGCAUUUUAUCACAGUGGAUUGGAAGUUUUGAGCACUGAAUAUGCUGGCCUUGAACUGGUUCAGCAUGAACUUGAAUUCAGGCAGGCUUGUCACCAUUCAGUCUCUUCUUGCCCCUGCAAUUUUUAGUGCCAUCUUUCUCAUGUUUCUUUGCCUGGGCUGUGCACGGAGAGGGUGUUUGCUUUGCUUUGUGCACAGCAGAUGGCAUGGCACAGAGGUGUGCCAUAAUAUUGACGGGCAUCAUCAAGAGAGUCUGUUGUCCCUUUCCAAGGGAUGGUAGACGAUGUCUGUAGAACGCAAGCUGAUCAUUGAGAAUGCUACUCUUGAACAGCUGGUUUUGAAGUUCUCUUUUCCUUUGAACUCCAGAUUGAAUCCGACUCCCUGUUUGGGGUUGAUUGGUCAUUCACUGCUGGGUUGCAGAGUGCAUUUCCACGACGUCUGUUUCCUCUCCCCUUCUUUGUCUCCGCUUCUCUCAGUUACUUUUCCUUCCUUCGUCCCUCGUCCUGCUCCAUCUGUUUCCUGUCCUCUUCUGUUCUCUUCACCUGUCUUGAUUCCCUUGUGUUUCCCCCACCUUCCCACUCACGGCCUCCUUGCUUUUACACUGCCCAACUCUCUGCUUCUUGCUCUUCCCUUGCUGCUUUGCGAACAUCCCAUUUGCUUUCCCAUUCUCUCUCAUUUUACGCUUUGUUUCUUCCAGAUCAAGGAGGGAGAUACCUUAGCAUUGUCUGGUAUAUUAGAAGUACCUCAUCUUCGGAGUUUUAGAGUCGAUAGAGGCAAGCGAGUUGGGUAUUGAAGUCUCUGGGAACGAAGUUGCCCACCUUCUAUCCUUUCGUGAAGGGAGGAAGCUGGGUCUGUCCCUGUCUUCUGAGGCAAGGGACCAUGAUAUUCUGUUGGGACCCCAUGCCAUUUGGUUGGGUUUUGUGACACUGGGGGAUGAGGAUUCCCUUGUCUCGGGUGUGCGGUAUGGCAAACUGGUGAACGGUAGUCGUAGUAGUUGUUUUAUGCAACAUGAUCUUCCUCCAUGUAAAUAGGCAUCUGUUGAUUGGUGCAGGGCAGAUUUCGCUGUCUCUUCUGCUCUUUUGUCCUUCCCCCUCUCUUCUUCCUCCCGCCCGGCACCUUCCUUCUGCCCCCCUUACCUUCCCUAUAACCUUUCUCAUUUCCCUCCCUCCUGUACAGUAUUGCACUGUAAUUGCUGCGUUGCAUAACUGUAGCUGCCCUUAAGGGCAGCGGAUGUCUUAUGAAUGGCUGCCCGUUGUUGGCCACCCAUAGCUUUGGUCAGUAGUUUGCUGCUCUAUGCCCUCAGUGCGGGCUGCACUACAUAGGUGUUCUUUAGUUAAAGAUGGUUCUUUUUCGGGUUAAAACCGGAUGCGGCAAAUCCUGCGUCGGUCAUGAUGUGGACAAUGAGAACCUCGCCCUCAUCCCUGAGCCAUAGAUGGGUUGGGUUUGAAUGUAAGGUGGUCGUCUGAUCGCUGGGGGAGAGGACCAAACUUGCAAGUGUAUGAUAUGUUGGAUUGGAUCAUUUGAGUCGAAAAGGUCCACAGAAUGUGUUCAUUAUUUGGGCUGUCAAGUUCUCAACGACACUUUGUUGGUCCGUUGGUCGAGACUGUGCAGAGCGAGGGCAUUGAUCUGUUCUGGAGUGGAGAAGUAGGCAGAGGAGACAACGUUCUUGGCAGGUGAUAGUACUCUGGCAGAAAGUGGGAUGGGAUGGGAUGGGAUGGUCUUCUUUAGAGACAUAAGUGUUAGUAAUCUGUACAGAGCAUCUUGACCAAGGGGGCAUGAAGGAGUGGCUACGAGAGCGUCGAGAGGUUUAUUCAGGACAGUGGUUGGCUGCUUGUUCCUUUUCACAGUUUUGGAUGUUGACUGCGUAUUUUCAAUUGACAGUCGCAUACAUUUUUCUGCCCUUCCUCCAUCUGUUUUGCUCUAUGUUUAUGAAUGAUUUUCUCUAUGCCAGCUAUGCUCAGCGCUCGGUGGGGUCGAGAACCUGGCAAGGGGGUACUUUGCUCCUCCUCUUAUCUUUUGCUCUCAUUAUUUUCUCACAAAAUUUCUGCUGGCAGUUGAGGAUAUGAAUGACGAAAUAUUAUUCGUAGAUCCCCCCCCCCCCCGCCUCCCUCUCUGAUAUAUCCUUCAAAUGGAGUUGACACCGCCCGCACCCAGCCAGGGUUGCAUGGGAAAAGGUUGGUGAUUUUCUUGUCAUCAAUCCCCCCUGAUCCUCCCUCCUCUUCCCUUGCUGGUGUGAUAGAGUAUGGUGCAAUUGCGAGUGGCAGAAUUAACAUUUCAUACUUUUUGACAGAAUGAGGACACAUGGGUGAUAUCACUGAUAUCACUGAUAUGCCAAUAAUAUUUUGUGGGAAUUUUGGUUUUCUGUUGUCUAAUUUCAAUUUCGGCAAUUCGUGUUGAGCCCAGAUAAGAGAAGAUGGAAGUGAGUUUUUCACGAGAACAGCUUGUACGUUAUUCAUGAGAUGAGCUUAUGUACCUCCAGAAACCUAUGCUAAUCUUUUGCAGUGUGCUUAUGGACCUUAGAGGCAGGUGCUGCUGGAUGGAUGUUUGGACUUCUUGUUGGGAAAUGUGCUUGUGCCUGGUAACACACCUAUAUGGUGAAAGAUAAUUUUCCGUGAAAGAUAAAUUUUCCGUGAAAGA